AGGCACUUGAGGGUGUGUCAGUGAUAGUGUCCAUUCAGUGACAGCAUCCAUUCAGUAAGUAUUGUUCAUUACAAUGAAGAUGCUCGUGGGCCAGGCAGUUCUGAUGGUGUUGGUUAGUUCAGUGGCUGUAGUUGUGAAAGAUUUUACAAAAACAUGUCCACAAUUCUUUGCAACACCAAAUGGAAAAACUACUCCUCCGACAGUCUUUAUUGGGAGUCAAUACAAGGAGAUUUGUCAUAAACAAGCCAGUCAGAACGUUUAUGAAUUUGCGUCACAUUACGACUCAAAGAACCGGAUUCCAGUGUACUCUGCCUAUGUGUUUGUCGGUCGACAGCCAUGUAAAAGGAAAAAUGACUUGUACAUUGAACCUCAGCUUGAUGAUCAGAACAAAGGCCCCGACAUGGCUUCAGAGUCCUCAGUCAGCAAACCUGCAACCCAUCAGGCCCUCAAUGGUGAUUAUAAAGGAUCAGGCUACCACAAAAGGCACCUUUACCCAGUCUUCCACACAAACACUCAGAGCUGUGCUGACUCCACCUUCACCCUCACCAACGCAGCCCCACAACACCCCUCCUUCAACAUGGGCGAGUGGAAGAGCAUGGAGAAUGGCCUCGAGAAACUGCUGGAUAAAGACUGCCUUCCUAAUAAAGCCUUUGUGGUCACAGGAGUGGUUCCAAGCUUGAACCCUGCGCAGUUUACAACGAACGGCAGGGUGAACGUGCCCAGUCACUUCUGGAAUGCUUACUGUUGUCUCAACAACAAUGACAAGCCCCUCUUUUCAGGAGGGUAUCUCUCCAGUAACGAUAAAGACCCAGGGAAACCUUUUACCAGCGCUUCUGCUCUGGAUCAGGAUCUGACUAACCUUUACCCAGCCCCCUUUCAGGUGUUUGGGGGUCAGUGUGGGUGA